AUGUCAUCAGGAAGAAUGUAUAGUACUGAGCCGUUUCCCAAAAGUGUGCCUAGUGAUGUCAAACCAGCCGAGAAGGACGCGGUCGCGAACGCCUCCCAUCCCAUGGUCGUUAUUCUCCGCAGUGGAGAUAAGGGGGUUGCCCCCACCAAGGCACUCGAUGACCGAGUCGAUCCUCCGUGA